GAGUGUCGGUGCAGCCUGGGAGCCGAGGGGGUCGGAGCUGUUACCAGUACUGCCGGGGACGCGCCUUCUUCCUCCGGUCACCUCUCUCUCCGGCAUCGCUGCUGUCCCUUCCUUCUCAUCCCCACACUCUGCCCCGUCGCAUCCCUGCUCUUCCUGUCACAGGCAGCUCUAAGAUGCCCCGCUAUGAACUGGCUUUGAUCCUGAAAGCCAUGCAGAGGCCUGAGACUGCGGCUGUGCUGAAGCGCACGGUUGAGGCUCUUAUGGAGAGAGGAGCUGUUGUGAGGAACCUAGAAAACCUGGGAGAAAGGGCUCUGCCUUACAAAAUCUCCAAGCACAAGGAGCGCCACAGACGUGGAGGGUAUUUUUUGAUAGACUUAGAGGGCCCACCUUCGAUUGUAGCGACCAUGAUGGAUCAUUUAGGACGUGAUAUUGAUGUAAUUAGACGUGCUUUUGUAAAGCAACCCCUAUCAAAGACAGAAGAAUGCAAUGGCAUAAUCCCAGACAACUAUGAAGACAAACUAACUGCUAAGAAGAAGUGAAUAUUUCAAAUGCUGUGUUUGAAACUUUUUAAAAAAUUAUUAUUUCUGCUUUGGAAAACAGUUGUGAUAACUAAUGUCUAUCAAAAAUAAUCAGUUUUUGCUAUAAUAUAUGUGUGGUACAGUAUGCUGUCUGAAGUUAUUGUAACAUUUGAGGUUUCUUUUUGUUUCAAAUAAUUUGAACAGAAUUUAUCCGUGUGCUUAUCUGAUAUUUUCCAACUCUGAAAAUUGAUUUUCUUUUCUCUUAGAACACUACAUUGAUAAUGAAGAUUUAUCAAUAAUCAGAAUGCUAAAAAUAGCAUUAUUUUCUAAAGAAAAACUACUUCAGAAAAAUGUCUAUUUACGUAAGAGAUUAAGAAGUCUGCAGUGUGAAUAUAGCAGGGUAGGAUGUGAUUUGUUGGAGGGAUUUUUUUGCUUGUUUUUGGAAAAAGGUAAUAAAAGCAUUAUUAAAAAUAAA